AUUAUUCAUCCAAUUGCUUACAGCUCUUCUCAGAGGUCAUUUCAGUGCAAAACACUUAUACGAGAAGAGCCAAUGGCAAGUGCAAAGAUGAGUAGCAGGUUGGCUCUUUUAUGUAUUGUGUGUGUUUUUAUGCAAACAACAUAUGCAAGGAAGCUUCUACAGUUUCCAUCCGGAAACAUCCUCGGCUUUGGCGGAAUUGACCAAAUUAUCGGAAAUGUUGCCGGCGGCGGAGGUGGAGGCGGCGGCGGGGGAGGAGGAGGUUCAGAUGGUGGAACAGGUUGGGGAAUUGGAGGUGGAUCUGGCUUUUUUAGUGGCUCAGGCAAUGCCGGCGGCGGCGGUGGCGGUGGUGGAGGAGGAGGAGGUGUGCAUGGUGGAUCUGGUCAGGGGUUUGGAAUUGGCUGGGGUAGUGGAUCAGGUAGCAAUGGAGGAGGUGGUGGCGGUGGCGGAGGAGGCGGUGGUGAAGACGGCGGGAGUGGUUUUGGUGGCGGAGCUGGUCAAGGCUAUGGAGUGGGAGUGGUGGCGACUCUUGAUCCUAGUAGUGAAGAUUGAAUAAGGCCUUUUUCACCGGAUUUUGCUCAAAUGUAGGUUUAGAAUAAGGAAAUAAGAGGGAAAUUGUGGCAAACCAUAUUCUUUAAUGAAAUUUUUUUCACUGAA